AUGGCGAGAAAUUUUCAAAGCUAUCAGGGUCUAUCGGAUUUUUUGCCCUUUCUUACCUGGAUCAAGACGUACGAUAUCAAAGCUUCAGCUUUGCGAGAUUUUAUGGGAUCUCUUCUGUUAGCUGCACUGCUUAUUCCACAAGGCAUCGCAAAUGGCUUAUUGGCAUCAGAUGUACUUGCUGGAAUGUUCUCCAUUCUUUUACCAAAUCUCAUAUAUCCAUUUCUUGGCUCCGCUCGACAUUGUACACUGGAUGAAUGUGGACAGAUUUUUUCCACUAUGUGCGCCGGAUCGAUGAUGAACUGUCUGAAGACCUUGGAUAUUGCACCGCCGCUGCUAUUUAUCUCCACUUUGAUUAUUCUUCUUGUAUUCAAAUGGAAGCUGGACGGAAUCCUUUUGCAAUCCACUGGUACAGCUACUCCAUAUGAGUUGUGCAUUCUAUUCAUUGUGGCUAUUGUCUGUCACUUAAUCGACUUACCCAAGACGCAACUGUUGGCCGCUUCCUUAGACUCAAGAUCCUUUGUGCUCCACACUCCAAUCAUUCCCACUAUGCAAGUGCUACUAGAUUCUUUUGCAAUAUUUUUAUUUUCUCUGAGCACACACAUGAGAGUUGCUAGUGUAGACGACAAAACGAAGAGAAUUAAUAAGAAGCAGGAGUCAUUUUGUUUUUCUGUAAUAUCAAUGCUCUCAAGCCCGAUUGGUCUUCUUCCACCAGCAAGUUCGAGAGAAAACACACAGAUGAGCCGGGAGACGAAGAAUUUCUCGUUGAUCAGCAAUCUCCUGGCUUCGAUUUGGAUGGCUCCGCUGGUAUACUUUGGACGUUUAACGGUUAUUCGGUUGAUUCCUGAGAGUGCAGUUAUCGGCUUGAUAAUUGCAUCAAUAUCAGAUUCAUGGGUCGAUUUGAAACGGUUACGAGUUUUAUUUUUGUUGCACAUAUGGGAUGCGCUCAUUUGCACAUUUGCAUUAUUUUCUGCCUUACUGAUUCCGAAUCUUUGUGUGGCAUUUCUUCUCUCUGUAGCUUGCGCUCUAUUCUCUGUUGUACUGAGAACGCAAUGGACGAAGUGUGAUGUCAUGGUACGGGUAGCUGACAAUUACUUCGGAGAAGAAAACAGGUAUGAAGGGGAAUGCCCCGACUCUCCUUUCUACAUUUUGCGAAUAAACACUCCGCUGAUAUUUAUGAACUGCGAAGCUGUUCGGGAAGCUAUACGCGCACAAGCGGUUGCUGUGAAAAGGCUCAUCGCUAUUGGCAUAGGCAGCCGCACUCCCUCCAUCCGCAGUCAUGCUCUUGCACAUCGAGGAAGCAUAACAGGUCGGACUAGCAACUUGACAAAUAUCAUCAUCACUCAAGACGCUGAUAUCCCCCAAGUGCAGUUCAGCGACUCGAUUGAUAAUACUACGCUUCCACCACCAGAGCAAAGCGCCCUCAGAUUCAUUGUUCUUGAAUGCUCUGGAAUGCCAUAUGUCGACCCUGAAGCAGUAGCAGUGCUUACGCAGAUUUAUUCCGAACUCCGCGCUGAUCAUGUUAAACUACUAUUAGCAGGUGUUAGCGCAAACGUCCGCGACUUUCUUGAAAUCAAUAAGUUCUUUUCGACUGUUCCGCGAGGGCAUCUCUUUCCUACUCUUCAAGAAGCCUUAUCAGCUGUUCGCAUAAUGAGCUUCCCAUUUCAUAUGAGCGUAUCUAUGAAUGGUUGUCGUGAUGUAAUCACUCUUUCAACAGCCCCAUCCAAUCACGAUUUCAUGUGUCGGCUCUCUCCAGAGCCUGUUUGAGGAAUAAAAGGACAGGCAGAAUGCUUCUAAGCCCUUGAUGAAAGAAGUGUUGAAGUCUGAUUCACGUG